GCCCCGGGACAGCGCAGUGCGCCCGGGCGGCCUAGGCGAAUGGCCGUGUCCACUUCUCGCUCCGCUGCCCUGCGCCGCCCAAGCUACCUGCUGCUGCCGCUGCUGUUAUCACCCCCGGGGACUGCUAGGCCCGGCCUGCGCCCGCAGUCCUCGGGACCACCUGCCAUGCAGCCACAGCCGCCCGCCGCCCCCCGCUGGCUCUCGGGUCUGCGCUUCGACAACCGCGCCCUGCGCGCCCUGCCUGUGGAGGAGCCGCCGCCUGGCGGGGACUCGGCCCCGAGGCCCGUGCCGGGCGCCUGCUUCAGCCGUGUGCGGCCCUCUCCACUGCGCCAGCCGCGUCUUGUGGCGUUCUCGGCCCCAGCGCUGGCCCUGCUUGGCCUCGACCCACCUCCGCCACUGGAAGCCGGACCCGAGAGCGGGAGCGACCAGGAGGAGCCGGAUCAGCCGGAGGAAGCCGGGGAGGCGCCUUCCUGUCACCGCCGCCGUCGGGUAUCUCCUGCGGAGGCCGAGCUAGAGCUCUACUUCAGUGGCAACGCGCUGCUGCCCGGAUCCGAGCCCGCCGCACACUGCUACUGCGGCCACCAGUUCGGCAGCUUCGCAGGGCAGCUGGGCGACGGCGCCGCUGUAUACCUGGGCGAGGUGCUGGGUGCCGCCGGGCAGCGCUGGGAGCUGCAGCUUAAGGGAUCCGGUCUCACGCCCUUCUCCCGGCAAGCUGAUGGCCGUAAAGUUCUGCGUUCCAGCAUAAGGGAAUUCCUGUGCAGCGAGGCCAUGUUCCACCUGGGCAUCCCCACCACCCGGGCAGGCUCGUGCGUGACCUCGGAGUCCAAAGUGAUCCGGGACAUUUACUACGACGGCAAUCCCAAAUAUGAAAACUGUGCCGUGGUGCUGCGGAUAGCCUCGACGUUCCUAAGGUUCGGCUCCUUUGAGAUUUUUAAGCCUCCUGAUGAACACACUGGGCGGAAGGGCCCUAGCGUGGGUCGGAAUGACAUCCGGAUACAAAUGCUCGACUACGUGAUUGGCAGCUUCUACCCAGAGAUCCAGGCGGCCUACGCAGAAAACAGCGUGCAGAGGAAUUUAGCCUUUUUCCGAGAGAUCACCCGGCGCACGGCGAGGCUGGUGGCCGACUGGCAGUGUGUGGGCUUCUGCCACGGCGUGCUGAACACGGACAACAUGAGCAUCGUGGGGCUCACCAUCGACUACGGGCCCUUUGGCUUCAUGGACAGGUACGACCCCGAUCACGUGUGCAACAGCUCGGACACGACGGGCCGCUACGCCUACAACAAGCAGCCCGAGGUGUGCAAGUGGAACCUGCAGAAGCUGGCCGAGGCGCUGGUGCCCGAGCUGCCCUCGGAGCUCAGCGGGCCGGUCCUGGAGGAGUACGACGCCGAGUUCGAGAAGCGCUAUUUGCACAAGAUGAGGCAGAAGCUGGGCCUGGUCCAGCUGCAGCUCGACGAGGACCAGGAGCUGGUGGCGGCCCUUCUGGAGACGAUGCGCCUCACGGGGGCCGAUUUCACCAACACCUUCUACCUCCUGAGCGCGUUCUCGGUGGCCCUGGAGCCCGCCCGCGAGGCCCACUUCAUGGAGCAGCUGGCCCAGCAGUGCGCCUCCCUGGAGGAGCUGAAGCUGGCCUUCAGGCCACAGAUGGAUCCCAGGCAGCUCUCCAUGAUGCUCAUGCUGGCGCAGUCCAACCCGCAGCUGUUUGCGCUCAUCGGCACCAAGGCGAGCGUCACCAAGGAGCUGGAGCGCAUCGAGCAGGCGUCCAAGCUGCAGGAGCUGUCGCCGGCCGAGCUCAUCGGGCGCAACCGCGAGCGCUGGGACACGUGGCUGCAGGCAUACAGAGCCCGGCUUGACAGGGACAGGCAGAGCGCCAGCAGCACCAGCGGCUGGGAUGUGGAGCGGGUGCGAGUCAUGCGGGCCAACAACCCCCGCUUUGUCCUGAGGAACUACAUGGCACAGAACGCCAUCGAGGCCGCAGAGCAGGGAGACUUCUCCGAGGUGCGGCGGGUGCUGAAGCUGCUGGAGAAGCCGUACGGGGAGCCCCAGGAGGACAACGCAGAUGGGCUCGAGGCGGCCGCGGCGCAGAGCGGGGAGGCCAGCAGCCGCCUGGCCUACAGCAGGAAGCCGCCCCUGUGGGCCGCCGAGCUGUGUGUGACGUGAUCUUCGUAGCGGCCUUGCGGGGCUUCUCCCUCUGGCCCAGGACCUGCUGGCUCUGGGCCGGGGAGAGUCUCCAAGGCUCCCUCGGGCACCACCGAGUCCUGAAACGGCCCGUUUGGGGCCUCCCGAAUGCCUGUUUCUCCAUGAAGGCAGAGACGUCCAGUCGCCUUUGACCCGUCUCUGUCCGAUGCUGACUCGGCAGCCCGAACUCCCAGACUGUCCCCGUUCUCCCCCCAGCUCCCUCCCUUUGCCUUUCUCAGAAGCUGCUCCCCGACUGCCAGGUCCCUCAGGCCGCCGGGGGUAGGCCACAGGCCAGCAGGGGAAGGGAGGGCCCCAGGCAGGGCAGACGGCCCCGCAGCCCCACCCUGACCUCUUCAGGACCAGGAAAGCUUUCCCUGCUGGACCGUCCUCAGGUGCCUCGCCUGUGCAGCCCCCCUCCCUGCAACCCCCAAUAAAAGGUCUCUUUGAUGGAC